UCUGACCUCAGCUCCGCCUACAGGAGGCUCAAGAGAGGCCUUUCCCUCCUCGGCAGAAGGCACUGAAGCCGGCCGCGAGUGUCGGGAACAAGGAAAGGCGAUGCUGGGCGCCGCGGGGCGGCAUGUGGUGUGCGCGCUCUCCGGUGGGCUCGACAGCGCGGUGGCGGCGCUGCUUCUGCGGCGGAGGGGAUACCAAGUGACUGGAGUGUUUAUGAAGAAUUGGGAUAUUAUGGAUGAAAAGGGAAUGUGUUCAGCUGACAAGGACUGUGAAGAUGCUUAUAGAGUUUGUCAGAUACUGGGCAUUCCAUUUCAUCAGGUUUCCUAUGUAAAAGAAUACUGGAAUGAAGUGUUCAGUUACCUUUUAAAUGAAUAUGAAUUGGGGAGAACCCCUAAUCCUGAUAUCUUAUGUAACAAAUACAUCAAAUUCAACUAUUUCCUGCAUUAUGCAUUGGAUAGCCUUGGAGCUGAUGCUAUUGCAACUGGACAUUAUGCAAGAACUUCCCAGGAAGAUGAUGAAGUAUUCCAGCAAAAGUACAUACAGAGACCUCAAGGACUUUUCAGAAAUCGAUUUGAAGCAAGAAAUAAUAUAAAACUUCUUCAAGGAGUUGAUCAGAUUAAAGACCAGACGUUCUUCCUCAGUCAGAUUUCACAAGAAGCCUUGCGGAGAACCAUUUUUCCUCUGGGAGAGUUAACCAAGGACUUUGUUAGGAAGAUAGCAGCAGAACAUCACUUUCAUCAUGUGCUGCAGAGAAAAGAGAGUAUGGGAAUCUGUUUUAUUGGAGAAAGGAAUUUUGAAAAGUUCAUUCUGGAGUACUUAGAGCCACGUCCAGGCAACUUUGUUUCUAUUGAAGAUAACAAGGUGAUGGGAACACACAAGGGUUGGUUCUUGUACACAUUUGGCCAGAGAGCCAGGAUUGGAGGCCUCCGAGAUGCCUGGUUUGUGGUGGACAAAAAUGUAGCCACUGGGGAUGUCUUUGUGGCCCCCUCUACAGAUCACCCAGCACUAUACAGGGAUCUCUUGCGGACAAACAGAGUCCACUGGAUUACAGAAGAACCACCCACAGAACUGGUUCAGAACAAGAUGAUGGAGUGCAAUUUCCGCUUCCAACACCAGAUGGCACUAGUGCCCUGCACAUUAACUCUAAAUCAGGAUGGAUCUGUGUGGGUAACAACAGCCGAGCCAAUUAGGGCUCUUACGCCAGGACAGUUUGCUGUUUUCUACAAAGGAGAUGAAUGCCUUGGCAGUGGGAGGAUUUUGCGAUUGGGUCCAUCAUUGCAUACACUGCAGCAGGGCAAAACCAGAGAAAAGUCUGCUAGGGGGACACCAGCUGAUGAUGUCAGAGUAGAGCCAGACACCUGACAGCUGGCUUAAAAUCCCGUUCGGAUGGCAUGGAUUGAUUAUGGCUGGACAUUGAUUUUGUGGUCCAUUGUGAUUAAGGUUAUGCUUUUAAAAAUACAUUUUAAAAAUAUGCAUAACUUGUAUCAAUUGGUAAGCAACACAGAAUAUAUAUUUUCCUAUCUUUUGAUCUGGUGAAUGCGGCACGCCUCCUCAGUUGUAGUACUUUGGUGUUUUAAACAUUGGAUUUAUGAGUAUAAAAUCUAAAAAAAAAAAAUUGAAUGCGUUUCUUUUAAAAAUACUGCCUGACCCCAAACACUGCUUAAAGUCAUGAGAGAAGCUUUCUCUAGCUUAGUAGGAGUUCUGACUUUAAAGAACCCCAGCUGAUUCCUCUUAUUGUAUCACAAACUCCUCCUGAAAUAUUCUUCUUUCAAAAGCAGUUUAUGUUGCUCCCGUCCCACAUCGAUGUAGGGGGUCUCCCUUAUGAGCUGCCUAAAUCUUGCCUUCUUGGGCUUGCCAGUCUACACUGUCCAAGUUCUCUGGAACUUGUGGUGAAUAUGUAGAAUGUUUUGGAUGUCUUCCGUGAGUCUCCUUCCCCUUUUCUCUCUCUGCUAUUAGCCUCCUUCCUUUCCCCACCAUUGCCACUAGUGUCUUUUUAAACUUUGGAGAAUAUUGAAAUUAGUUUAUGGUAUGAAUAGGCCAGGGAGAGGGAGGAGGAAGUGAAGUAGGGUUGAUGUAGCUCUCAUGGAGGCUGCUGGGCUUUUCCAUGAUUUCAACCCCUGCCCCAUUUACUGAUUUCACAAUCCCAUAGGCUGAAGAAUGGCCAGAUGUCCACUCCAGCAGUGAAUCUCCCCAACCAUGAAAGAUUUCCUUUUCCUUUGUUGUUGUUGUUGUUCAGUACUAUACCUAAAAGAUAGGACAAAAUGCUAUCAUUGGAUUUGUUUGCAUUAUAAGUGAUCUUGAUGUUUCCUGCAACUGUGCUAUAAAAUGUAAAGAAUGUUAAUGGAAAGCCAAAAUCUUUUCAGAACUUUGGGGAAAGACCUACAUUCAUGUACAGCUCCUAUUUAUGUGUCCCAUAGAUAUAAAAUGGGCAAAGGAGGUUCUGAGCAAUGUAUGAACAUCAAGUCAGAACAAGCUGUUCUUCUAAGCUGAUAUUAUGGGUGGUUUUUUGUUUUUGAAAGCAAAUGGCUUCAACAGAAGCAAAACUUACUGUAAGAAGCACCCGUUGUGAGCACACGGCACUGCCAGCUCAAAACUUUUCAAUAAAGACUAACCCCCCUGCCUCUCCUAGUUAAAGAGACAUUAGAAAACUUCUUGUCAAUUAACAGUGUUCCUGAAUUGUUCAUGGCCUAAGUUAAUAUGUAACAAUGAUCUGGCUUACCCAGUAUUUUCCCCCAAAGGCAUUGUCGUUGGCUUGAGAGCAGGAGCAGGACCAUGUCUCAGUUGGGAACAGGUUCUCUCCCUUGCAAACCUGGAGGCAGGGCACAGCUUUAUUUGAACACAAUCCAUGGCUGAGAGAAUCUUAAUGAUGCCUCUUAAGUGAUCUUAUGGCUAUGAAACGUUUCACGUAAGUAAUCUUCCCAAGGCUACCCAAUGAAGACAAGUUCCAGUGUUGCAAAAAGUGACAUAAGUAACCUGGGAAUUUCCUUUACUGCAGUGACUGGUCUUACAUCUGUAUUCCCACACUGAAAGCAGAGAAUGCAAAAAAAAAAAAAAUUGCUGCUGCACUCUUUUUUAAAAAAAUAUUGCACUCUUUUAAAGCAAAAAAUAAGCAAAAAUUGUGUAUUUGCUGUUGCAUUCUUUUUAACAUUUGAGGAGACAGACCAUCCACUUUGAGGAGAUUUUUGAGCCCAUCUGUUAUGCUUCCAGAUGGGCUGGAGCAGCCAGCCAUGAUGAAUUUGCUCUUCCUUGUCAGAAUCCAAGUAGCCUAAUAGCCUACCUAGUUGAUGCAAGAGGCAAUUAGCUGACAAAAUUAAUCUGACCCAAAAUAAUGGUCUCAAAGAGCUUCUCUCUUGAUAAAUUCAUUCUCCAGGGGGUC